UAUUUGCAAGCGAGGCGAUGAGGGGAUGGCUGACGUUUUGAGUGGCAACGUUCGGUCUCUGCACGAGGCGCUGCGCUCCAAGUCGCCGCACAGGGCCGAGAGAGCUGCACAACUGGCCACCGAUCUCUACCAGCUGUGCGUGGAGAGCGUUAGCGACACUGAAAAGGCGUACUGUUCAUCUGUGCUUUUUGACAAGACCAAUGGAGUUCUUGAAUUUCUUCGUGGAUCUGCCACUGUGGAUGAGUUUGCCACGGCACAAGAGGAGCUGCUGCGACUGUUGAAUGACUAUACCAAGAUCCUACGGAGCAAGGCCCUGCCUUAUGCUCAAGACAUAAAGGAGGUCUGCUCCAGUCUUUUCUCUCGUGCAAAAGCCAGCAAAGUGAAGAAUGCCACAUUUCCACCUCUCAUAACAGUUCUGGAGCUGUGUGCUGGCACGUCUCAAGUGGGGGAAUUGAAUGUGCCGAAACUGGUCGACAAGUAUCUGCAGGCUUGCUUCAAGCCAACCAAACACACUGCCACUGUCCGGGCUGGAAUAUUUCACCUGCUGGGGCUGUUCUGUGAACUCUAUCCAGAGCACUCCCUCACACUGUCCGAGAGACUUAUCAGCAUUUUCAUGAGAACUCUGAAAUCUGAGAUGUUGUCCAAGAGUAAAAAGCCGGAAAUGGCGGUCAUCGGCGGCUGUCUUCGUGGACUAAACUCGUACCUCGUGAACUUUUCGCAGUCUGCUGCGGAGGGCUCUGAGCAUGCUCAGAACAUUUACAAGUUUUCUAAAAUGGCCAUCGACCCGAAGGUGUCCCACUCAAGAUACGAAGUCCCUAGAGCUGGACUGUCUAUCAUUGCAAGACACGCUGCACAGUUUAAGGAGUACCUCGCCAAGGACCACGAGCACAUGUACGAGGUCCUCUACCACUGGUGUGAGCACACGAACCGGGAGAACAGAAUGGUCGCAUUCCUUGCUCUGGAGGCUUUCCUUCAACAGGUGUCAGUCCACAUUGUGGAAGGUGGGGAUGGGAAGGACCGGCAGACGUAUGCCCCUGUCUUCAGGGACUUCAUUAAGAAAUUCAGAGCCAUCAUUGACAACCCUGUCAGCGGCCAUCGCGAACUCACUGUUGCCAUCAAGGGCUACGGCUACUUUGCAGCUCCGUGCAAGCUGUUUAUGAAGAGUGAGGAUAUAAACUUCAUGUUUGGAGAGAUGGUUCAGCGGAGUGAGCACCUUUUCUUCACCUCCCUGAGUGGGUCUGAGGACCGUGUGCAUCAUCUUCCUGCUCUACUGGAGGCCCUUGCCAGCAUUGUCAGAGAGAUGGACACUUUGUCUGAAGCCUUCCUGUCGUCCCUGGAGAAGCUGAUGGUGUUGCUGUUCGAAGUUCUGCCACGCCUCCCGCCCGACCUACAAAUGCCCACCUACUAUGCCGUUAUGAGACUCAUUCUGGGCGUGGCCGCCAACCGCAGCGCCCUCAAGAGCUUCCUCUCUCACGUCGUGUAUCAAGGACUGAUACGGACAUGUUCACACCCAGUCGUCAUUCAAGUUGGAGAUGGUAGUGUGGUGGUAGCAGUGGGCGAUGGAGGAGGAGCUGGGGGGAGAGAGGGGGAGAGGAUGGACAUCGGGGACAAGAAGCAACCCUCCUACAUGGACUACGUUCAGAUGUGGCGACACAUCAUGGACCCUUCCAAACUCAAAGGUAUCCAGAUGAGAGACCCAGCACUGUGGUCCGCCCUGCAUCAGUUGAUAUAUGACGAGGUCAUCGGCUCAGUGUUGAAGAUCAUACGUCGUCUCAACCUCUCAGCGACCACGUCCUUCGCCAGCGAAGAGGAACCAAUGUCUCCAUCCUCUGCAUCACUACCUGUCGUCCACGUGGACCCUGUGACCGGCCUCCUUCCCUCCGUCCCUCGAGAUUUCCAGAUCUUCAUCAACCUUGUCGACCUGUGCAGGUCACUCCUACCAGAGGUGGAUGCGGCCAUGUUUGAACAGUGGGUGCUGCCGUUUGGCCGUGAGGUAAUCGUUGCCUCGUCCAGUCACCCUCUGGUCAGCGGCUUCUACAAACUCCUGGGCACCUGCCUUACUCUGUGCAAGAAUUGGCUACUUUCAGGGCAUCGAAGGUGUGAAGGGAGCAUCAUCAAGCAUUGCCAUGGAGACGGACGAAUUGACGGAAAGGAUGACUUGCUACAUGCUCUUCAGGAAGUUCAUCAGAGAGGUGGUGGUGAGGAUGAAGCAGUACAAGGACGACCUCCUGGUGUCAUGUCUCCAGCUGCUACUUUCUCUACCCAACGAACUGGUCAAACCUGAAUUCUCGAACCUCGUUCCUGCCUUACAGAUGACGUUUAAGCUGGGACUGAGUUACCUGCCUCUGGCCAAGGCUGGUCUGGCCGCCCUGCAAGCAUGGAGCUCCCAGCUUCCUCCUUCAGUGGUCAACCCUCACUUCCGGUGUAUACUGCCUGCUCUAGAUGACUACCUCAAGACAGGCGGAUUUGACGUUGGCUCCAAUGUUUUUCGU